AUGGCUGACCAUGGCAUGCAAAUUUCUCUAUCAAGCUCAUCAAGCGACUCAUCAGAUCAAGAAACCCAUUUCACCACACCAACGAACCCAACCGCCGCCGGAUCCUCCCACCAAAAAACACCAGCCACCGUCGAUUCCCCCAACCAACAACCCACUUCACCACCUUACAAAAAGCCACGUGGCAGACCACCAGGAUCUAAAAACAAACCAAAACCGCCUCUUGUAAUAACACAAGACAACGAACAGGCGAUGAAACCAGCAGUCAUUGAAGUGGCAGCCGGUACAGAUGUCCUUGAAGCCGUCAUACAGUUCGCAGUCCGCCUUGGUUCGUGUCUCACAAUUCUCAGCGGCUCAGGUACAAUUGCUAAUGCUACACUUCAUUACCCUCUUUGUCGUUCACCUGCUUUCACUCUUCAUGGACCUUUUUCUUUGUUGACUUUGACUGUUGUUGCUGGUGGUGAUGGUGUGAAAAUUGUGGCUUCUUUGUUUAAGAAUCCAGAACUUCAUAGAGCUGGUGGUGUUUUAAUUGAAGCUGAUGAUGAUGGUGAUGAUGAUAAUAAUGGUAAUGAUGGUAAUGGUGGUGGCGGUGGUGGUGGUGAUCCAGGUGCUGGUAGUAGUGGUGGUGGUGGUGGUGGAAAUGAGGAUGUGUCUGGUUUCAAUGCUCCUAAUCCAAUGCAGAUGAAUCUACCUCCUCAUGCUGAUCCUAACUUCAUGCAGUGGAAUCACCCUCGUCCUCCUAAUUACUGA